UUGCUCUUUCAAUGUUUUGUUUUGCUGCCCUUCAAUUCGGGCGAAAAAAGUUGGUGCUCGAAGAGCUUGAGUCACGUUGAAUUAUUCUAUUAUAUUAAUUUUAAGGCUGAACAUUUUUUUAAAUAUACUUGGGAGUGGUGCACUACAUGAUAGAUCAUAGUUAUGGAAUCCACAAUGAAAAUAAAGCAGGAACCAGGAUUGAAAGCUCGAGGAAAUGCCACGACAGCUGCGCAACCCGCGAUCACCGUGAAAUCCGAACGUUUAUCCUCUUUCCGUGUUCCUAGAGAUUUAACUCUCGGAGGACUUACAAAUGGGCGUGCAUCGAAACCGGUUACAAAUAAAAAGGUUUAUACACCUAAUUUGAAUGCGGUGAGGAAUAAAGAUACUAAUGUCAAAACUGCCUCCAUUGGAAUAAAACAGCGAGUUAAGAUUGAGCGAAAUAAGGAUGCGAAAGGUAGCUCCAAAAGCAAGAGUUCAUUGAUUCAAACGGCUGGUAUAUUUUCCGAGGGCCUAGCCCAGCGCACACUACAACGAUCGAAGUACGAUAAAUAUAACAACGCUUCAAAAGAGCCUGGAGAAGCGAUCCGCAGGCCAGUUUUUCGAUCAGAAGUGAAAGUAGAUCCCGAGGAGGAAAGAAAACGAUUAUCCGAUCUAUUCGGUGAGCUGGAGAACGAUGAAUUGUCUCUAGAGGAGACUAAAAAAUACGAAAAUGGAACCAAUAUGCCUGUAAAACUCGAAAAUUUGGAUUAUAAACUUCGACCCGCAAUGCUUAAAGCAGAAAUCAAAGACGAAUUCAAACCAAAAAUCGAAGCCAGCGAGUUACUCGACGCGAUUAAAGCGAAUGGUGCCCAAAAUAACUUUUUUUUGUUACAACUGCCGGAUGUGUUACCGGGAAGAACUGAUACCGAAGUUCGCAAGACUGAGCCGUCUUCGAAAGAGCAACAGGACGCGCCAAUUGAAACGGAUCCGCCCCGUUGUACGGUUCGUGAGCUUGAAGAGGGAUACGUAGGUAAAUUAAUACGAUACAGAUCCGGCAAGGUGAAGCUUAUACUGGGAAACAUGGUAUUCGAUUUAACCUUGGGCAUGGAUAGCGGAUUCCUACAGGAAUUAGUGUCUGUUAACACAAAUACCUCGGAACGGAGUGGGAAUAUUAUCAAUCUAGCAGCUAUUAAAGCAAAACUGAACGCAUCACCCGACUGGGAAUAUCUUUUUGAAAAAUAAAAUACGACUAAUCGA